GAUGAUUAUCAAGGUGGAUAUGGAUGCGCAUAAUGAUUCGGUCACAUGGGAUCGAACCUCGUGGGCCCCAUUUCUCGAUGCGGCAACUUCGGCUGGGUCUUGCAUCUUCUUCAAAACCCGGACGACGCGGAUCGUUUCAAGUAUCGAUGAAGUACAUUUCAUAUCCGGCGAUGAGCCUCCCAAGGUUGGGUAUUUGCACGUUGAGGAUGCCACUGAUAAGAAGAGUGUAGCUGCCAGUGUCAGCAUCCUCGAUAUUUCGGGAAACGUCCUCACCAAAUUGGUAUCCAUGAGGUUCUCAAACGUGGAGACCAUGCUGGAAUCGGCUGGCCCUUUGUGCUACCAAAUCGCGUGGAUUCCUCCGAUAUUUGCGGAGAACCCCAUCCUGAUGGAGAAUAUUCUUCUCGUCUCCGACGACAGGCCUCUCUUACAAGGAUAUGCAGACCAGCUGAAAGAUCAUGUUGGACUGACUGUCCGGAUCUCUUCAGUUGGAGACAUGAAUCAACCCGACGCCCAGUUGGUUCUAAGUCGGAGAAACACUGUCGUCAUCUUCGCCCCUGGGCCGGUCGACCUUGUGGAUGAAGUCGCCGAGAAAGCGCACGCUUUUACGUGGGAAACCGCUCGUAUCGUCAACAUGCUUGCUGCCCUACCGACCGCGACACGGCUGUUCGUCUUCACCAACAAUUUCCAAAAAGCAUCGUCUCAAACUGCACUUGCACACGCAUCACUUCACGGCUUCGCUCGCAUUGCCGCACAGGAGUAUCCAGACAUUUGGGGUGGACUUGUGGAUACCGAAGGCCCAGGUUUCCCGCUCCUCGCCAUCAAAUACGCGCAAGGACAGGACGUCAUUCGAAUGUCGGAUGGAAUGCCGCGUAUUGCCCGACUGCGACCCUUUGCAAACUCCCAGCGUCACAAUGUGUCGACCACAACCAGCCUCUUCCCAAAACCAUGUGGCACGUAUGUUGUGACUGGAGGCUUCGGGGAUCUUGGUCUGGAAGUCCUUGACUUCUUGUCUCGCAAAGGCGCCCGGCGUAUCGUGGUAUAUUGUCGAAGCAAGCUACCAGACCGUCGCGAAUGGCCUCGACUGACUGGACGCAUGAAGACGGUAGUAUCUCGAAUUCAGGGCAUGGAGAAGCGAGGUACAACGAUCUACAGUGUAAGUCUGGACUUGAGUGCACCGAAUGCCAGCGAGGACCUCAGAUCCGCACUCGAGACGCUCUCGCUGCCGCCUGUUCUAGGUGUCGUGCACGCCGCAGGUAUAUCCGAAGACGGACUCAUCAAAGACACGACAGGCGAAUCAUUUGCACGUGUGUUUGGUCCGAAGGUCUCCGGGGCGCUCGCUCUCCACAAAGCUUUUCCACCUGGCUCGCAGGGUCAACCACUCGAUUUCUUCGUGCUCUUCUCCUCGAUUGGGCAGCUGGUGGGAACACCAGGCCAGGCACCGUACGGGGCCGCGAACGCGUUCCUUGAUGCACUGGCUGCGCAGAGGAGGGGAACUGGAGACAACUGCAUAGCAUUCCAGUGGACAGCGUGGAAGGGGAUGGGACUCGCCAAAGAGGCCAAGUGCCUGAACGAAGAACUCAGAGCCAAAGGAAUAACGGCCAUCAGCUGCGAGGACGCAUUCAGGGCGUGGGAAGAGGCGGAUGGUCUGGAUACAGAUCAUGCGGUGGUGACGAGGAUCAGAGUAUUGGGAGAGGAGGAGCCGGUGCCCUUUCCCCUUGUGGCGGAAGUGGUCAGGCGAAGACUUGGGGAGGAAGGCACGAGGGGUAAAGCGCCAACGCGCCCCUCGGGACAGAAUGGAGGAGCAUUGCCUACAGGUGAAGGGCUGAAGCCUUACCUGCUGAAACAGAUACGUAAGUGUUUGGGCACCAUUUUACACCUUGACGCAGAGGAGAUAGAUGGCGGUGCUGCGAUUGCGGAUCUAGGGGUGGACAGUGUGGUGAGCGCUGCGCUGAGGCGGGAGUUACAGAGCAAGUUGGGGAUCAAGAUGUCGCCAUCGCUACUGUGGAAGGUGGAUACUGUUGAAAAACUUCACGAGUGGGCCUACGAGCAGCUGAAGAAUGACGACGCAGAUGGGUGA